AUGGACAAUAAGCCCCUCUUGCAAGACAGACCCCCCGCCUACAGCCCGGCCACCCAGGGAGGCGGCUACGAGUAUGGGCAGCAGGGGGGCUACGGGACCAUCUCUUCAGUCCAGCCGGGCUUUCAGCCGCCGCCCUACACGUACCCCACGGGGUCCCCCGCAGCCUACGCUGUUCCUUCUGCUGCUUCUCCGCAUGCCUACCCCAACACCACCUACACGAUAAUCCAACAACCUACAACCACUACCUCGGUUGUAGUAGUAGGUGGCUGCCCAGCAUGCAAAGUCGGAGUCCUGGAAGACACUUUCACCUGUCUCGGCGUCUUUUGCGCGAUUGCCUUUUUCCCUAUCGGAAUUCUUUUCUGCCUUACGUUGAGGCAACGGAGAUGCCCUAACUGCGGGGCGACGUUUGGUUAAGGGCUCCAUCGACGACACAGAUGCACAGAGGCUUUUGGGGAGCCGUAACUGUAUUGUAGAACCUCCCCCCCCC